UAGCCGCCGUUGCCACUACAACUGGCGGUGCUGCCACGGCUGCCACGACGAGCGCUGGCAAAAUACAGAAAUGGAUUUAAAUUGAAAUUGAAAUUUUUGUAUCGUAUCGUAUUUGGCGUGAGCUCUAGUGUGUGUCUCGGCGUGCUUGACAUUCGCCACGAGUAGAACCCGACGGUCUAACUAGCUCCUGGUUUUUAUUAUAAUCACAACUUUCCAUCAGCCGUCGCGUGUGUGCAAGAAAGAAAGAACGAGAGAAAGAAAGAAAGCGAGAGAGAUACGGAAGCCAAAUAAAGUCAAAAUAAAGUCUAAUCCUAAACAUAUCCGCCUUUUCUCUGACAACACAUAUUUUUGUAUUACAACGUGAACGGACCAGGCCAAAAACUUGGAAGAAUAGCAAAUACUAGGAAAUCCAUCGGAAUUAAAGAAUAAUAACAACAACAACAGCAACAGCAGCUCAGCAUUGUUGCAGUUGCCGCCGACGUUGGCACCACACCGCCCCACCGCCUCACCGCUCAGCGCAAGAUAUUGACGUGACGUAAAUGAAUGAGCCCGGCGAUCAACCAUUAACACUCAGUAGCACGCCGGACAAUAGGCCGCCCUGCAGCAUUAUCUCCAUAAUACCAAACAUAGGGAUGUCAUCAUGCCGUGGUCGUGCCGAGGCAUUCGCGCGCAGUUUGUCCUCAAAGCUGCGCACCUUGGGAUCACAGACGAACGAGGAGGGCGUUGCCAAUGCAGAGGAUGAGCCGAUUAUAAAUGGCAGCAAUACGAAUACCUGGGUCAGUGCACACGAAUCGGAACAGACUGUCACCGAUCUGCAGCCACUGCGCCAGGAGUCAGACUCGUUUUUCGACUUUGACUGCGAGCUGGAAUCGCCAGGCAGCCCAGCGGAUGAGUGCGAGUACCUGCGUCUCAUAGAAACCGCCUCGAAUACACCACACAACUCCACCGCCGAGUCGGGCUAUGCGUGCGCCUCGGCGGCCAGCAGUCACAGCAGCACAGAUGGACCCUACUUCGAUGCCGCCACCGGUGCCACCACCAGCAGCAGCAGCAACACGGGCACCGGGCCACAGGAGCUGCAGCCGGCACAGACAGAGCGCGGCAAAGUGCCCGGCAGUGGAGCGGAGCAGCAGAAUGAAUAUGUGAACACAUUGCAGCUGAAUGGAUCACAUGAGGCAUGGACAAAUGGCGAUCAGCAACAGCAGAAGGAGGGAGAGAAGCAGCAGCAGAAGGAACAGCAGCCAUUGGAACAUGAACAGGUGAAUAAAGAGCAGGAGCCGGCACAGUCACAGUCACAGGCAAGAGAAUCAGAAGAUGAGACGCAGCUGCAGGCGCAAAUCCUGAGCGAGCUGCAGCUGCACAGCGACAGCAUCAAGAGUCCGGACAAUGGCUUCAGCGAGGAGCAAGUGGAGGAACCAGCGCUGGUAAAUGGCUAUGUAGAGGCUCCACAGCAGCAAAGAGUUGAGCAAGAACAGAAAACCACAGCGAGCGAAGUCGGGGAGGAGCAGAAAACACCGGACAGCGGCACAGAUGAGGUGGACAAAUGCAGCAAUCUGACUGUGAACGUGGAGCUGGCACAGGUGGAGCAGGCGCAGCAGGAUGUCGAGGAGGCCGAGGCGGAGAAGUCGCGCCAUAGCCAUGGCAUCGACACCACAGACGACGAGGACGACUGUCGGCCGCAGCGUGUGCGACGCUGCUCCUCGCUGAAGACGGGCAAGACGCCGCCGGGCACGCCGGGCCGCAAGAAGAUCGUGCGCUUCGCCGAUGUGCUCGGCCUGGAUCUGGCGGACGUGAAAACGUUCAUGGACGAAAUACCCACAAUACCGAAGUCAGCGUUCGAGGAUUUGGAAAUACUGGACACUGAGCCGCCGCUGCAGCUGGGGCCCAAGUCCGAUAAGAUCUUGAUGCCGCUGUUCCAGCAGCCGGGCGGCCUGCCCACAUUCCUCGAUGCGGUGCGCGAGAAGCAGGUGUCGCUGGAGAAUGCCGCUGUCACCGACAACAUCAAUCAGACAAUCGCCGGCACGGUGCGGGUGCGCAAUCUGGACUUUCACAAAUCCGUGCACAUACGCUACUCGCUGGACGGCUGGCGCAGCUUCGCCGAUCUGCAGGCCAACUACGUGGAGAACUCGUGCGACGGCUUCUCCGAUAAGUUUACGUUUGUGCUCUUCGGGAACUCGCUGCAUGUGGGGCAACGGCUGGAGUUCGCCGUGCGCUUUCAGUGCAAGGGCCAACAGUUUUGGGAUAAUAACUAUGGCGCCAACUACUGCUUCCAGUGCUUGCCCAGCUCGACUCACACGGCAUCGCCGGCGUCUGUGGCGAAUGGCGCCGUGCCGUCGCACCAUGGCAGCAAUUUGGUCGGCCUGCUAAGCCCCACGGUGGGCGAUGCCUGGUGCAGUUCGUUCUACUAAACUAAAGCACGUCUAGUUAGUAGCUGUUAGCGGGGGGCACUCCGAGGAGGCAGUAGACGACGCGAACGCGGGUCGUGUUGCAGUCAAUGUCCGGUAGAGGCGCAGCGCCGUCAAUGCCCGUGUGGACAUCAGCGAUUGGUGACGGUGUUGACGGCAUGUGCCACGGGCGUCUGUCACACCCAGAGAUCAGAGAUCAUAGAACUACAUAUAUAGAGCAAGGUGCAAUCCCCAAAUCCUACCCUCACACCCACACACACACAAACACACAAACACACAAACACACAGACAUACAGACACCCUCUCUAAUUUUCUCUCUCUUUAACUCUUGUACGUAGGGCAAAGGUUUAUAUUUUUAUAGAGUGAAGUUGAAGCAGCAGACGGAGCAGAUGGCACAGACGCAGUCGCUUCAAUAACCAGGCGAAAUCAAGUUAAUGUUAAAGAUUGGCCAGAUCAGCAGACAACUAGAUGAAUGAACAGAGCCAGCAAAGUGAAGAAUGAAUCCCAAUGAUAGUUAUUAGUCGUACGUUAUAAGAAGAAGAGCAAGUGAUAACUAAUGAUGAUGAAUGAUGAAUGAUAUUGAUAAUGAUGAUGACGAUGAUAAUGAUGAUGAUCAAGGAUGAACAGUUUUCAAUGUCUACUACAAUUUUCAUUUCUAUAAUUCUCCUUAUAUAUAUAUUAUUAUAUUUUAUGCAUUGUUCAGCCAUGUGUAUGGGGCGCUUAAGUACAGUAGCUCCUCGCUUCAGUUACCACUGUUACUACAGCCGAAAUAACAAAGAAACUUUUAUUUUCUAGUCAAUUCAAGUUUACCAUAAGACUUCAAACGGGCUACGACACACCUUAGCCAAUUACUACUGCAAGGCGGAGCCAAAAGCCUGAGCUGAAUCUCUUGCCAAAGAAAAAAGAAAAGAAAAGCGACGCAAAACAAAGAACUCGUUAGAAAAUGUGCCAACAGAUGCGCAUUUAACUCCAAGACGCCAAAAUGCUUGUUUGCAUCUGGGCUCGUCUGUGAGAGAUAAUUACAGAAUUUCCUAGCCACAUCCGCCCAUCAGCCCACACUUCCUCAACACCCCACCCGCCCUCGAUAACCCCUUUGCCACAUGCUGAACAAUCGUUUUUCGCUAUGCCAAAAUAAUAAUUAUUAAAUGUUUUUGUUUUCUGUUUUUGUUUUAUUUGUACUUUUUACUUUUAUUUUAAAUUUAGUUCGACCCUAUUUUACGAUUUCGAUGUUUUUUAUGUAUAAUAUUAUAAACACACAUACACACACACGCAUAUAUAUAUAAACGAUAUACAUACAACAACAACAACAAAAAUAUAUAUAAAUAUAUAUAAAAUAUACGAAAUAAAAAAAUUAUUAUAAAUUGUAGUUACAUUUUUUGUGGCUUGUUUUCGUUUAUUAACUUUUAAGUUUAAGAAUGAGGUUCGGUUCAUCUCACCCCUAGAGAGUUAUCAUAGAACACGUUACAAAUUGU